GUGAGUUAAUAAUGUCAAAUUGGAUAUGAAAAUCAGCUGUUUUGAGUGAUUCUGUUUGCAAGUCAGCUUUGUUUACCAGGGCUUAGCAUAAAGAUAAGGAGACCAACUUCAUUGUGCCUUCAGUACUGCUAUGUUGAAGAUGUCUUCGCAGCUGGACAGCAUCAUUAGCGCUUACAAGACUCUGACGAAGAUACCGUCAGUGGCUGGUGGUAAGCUGAACAAUGCAGCCAACAGAGUCACCGCCAAGUGGUCAGUGCGCAACCUGGACAAGGGCAUGAAUACUGCAUACACUACUUCAUACUCCUUGGAUGGCAACCUGAAUGUCAUCGCUCAAAGUGACUUUGGAAUGGAUGUUAGCAAUGAGAAACUGUCAGCAGUGUCUCCGCGGGAGACGUUCAAGGCGUUGAUCCGUGAGGAGAAAAAUGGCAAGGACUCGAAGAAACAGUACCUUGAGCUGUGGAGUAAGAACACCCUGGCCCACAGCGUGGAUCUCACUAGUCUGGACAUACAUGGAGAUGUGUAUGCUGACUCGGAAUUCGGCAGUUUGGACUGGUCUCCUGAUGAGACGUCCCUAGUGUAUGUCGCGGAGAAGAAGCUGCCAAAAUUUGAGCCUUACAUCAAGAGGAAGGCUGAAGACAAACCGAAGCUGGAUGGCAGUGGAGAGACUGCUCCUAAGAAGGGUGAAGAGUAUAUCUACAGACAGGAUUGGGGCGAGCAGUUGGUGGGCAAGCAUCUGUCCGUGGUGGUGGUAUUCCAGUUGGCCACAGAGACCUUUACCGUCCUCGGCGGCAUACCUGAAGGAAUGUGCCCUGGUCAGGUCCGUUUCUCCCCGGACGGGGGCAGCGUGGUGGGCGUGGUGUGGGAGUCGGAGCCGCGCAGACUGGGACUCAUCUUCUGCACCAACCGGCCCAGCUACAUCUUCGAGUGCACUCUCGAUGGCUCCUUCAGGAAGUUGAGUGGGGAAGGUGUAGCGGUGCGGUCCCCCCGGUGGUCCCCCGGGGGGGAGCUGGUGUGGCUGCAGCGUCGGGCGGACGGGCCGCACCACGCCUGCCACCAGCUCGUACGCAGGAACAAACAAAAUGGCGCAGUAUCACCUAUAAUAGACAUAAUAGACACAGAAGUGAAGAUUGCAACCGGAGAGAGUUUCCACGGCGUCUACUGCCAGGCGCUGCCGGCCAGGUGCUUCACGUCCGACGGCAGGCUCGUGUUGUCCUCGCCACAGAAAAAUGAAGUUCGAUCUUAUAUCGUAGAUCUAGGGUCUGGCAAGAUAUCAGAUAUCUCCAACAAGAGCUGUCCGUGUUCCACGAGCGUGCUGGACGUGCGCGGUGACGUCAUACUGGCCGCAUGCUCCAGUCUCACUACUCCGGGACAGGUGUAUAUAGCUCGCUUACCAUCGCCGGGCAGCGAGGCAGACAUCAAGUGGUCGCGCAUCACCUGCAACAGCGAGGCCCCGCCCGCAGUGUCGUCCGCCACGCUGCAGUACCUACACCUGCAGCACCAGGACUCACAGGAUACCGUCAAAUCUUUCACGGCGUUGUACUUAGCUCCUAAGAUAGAGAAUAAGCAACUGCCUUUGAUCGUGUGGCCUCAUGGAGGACCUCAUUCCAAUUUUGUCAACGCAUUCUCCAUUGAGGCUGCUCUCUUCAGCAUGCUGGGUUUUGCAUCCCUACAAGUGAAUUACCGGGGCUCAACUGGGGCGGGGCAGGACUCGGUGCACUUCUUACUCAAACGUGUUGGCGACGCAGACGUCAAAGAUUGCAAACUUGCCACAGACUAUGCCCUAAAGACAUUCCCCAUAGACCCCAAAAAGGUCUGCUUAACAGGGGGUUCUCAUGGGGGGUUCUUGGUCACCCAUCUAAGUGGGCAAUAUCCAGAUGUAUAUGCAGCCGUAGUCAGUAGGAAUCCUGUAACUGACGUUGCCAGUAUGUUCAAUUCUACGGACAUAGCUGAUUGGUGUGCAGUAGAAGCAGGUUUCGAGUUCACGGAGAAGGGUCCGGUGUCGGAAGACCAGUUGCUGGCCAUGCGGCGCUGCUCGCCCAUCGCCCACGUGCACAAGGUGAAGGCGCCCACCGCUCUCAUGCUGGGCAGCGGGGACAAACGGGUGCCACACUUCCAGGGGCUGGAGUACGCUAGGAGAUUGAAAGCUAAUGGAGUUACUACCAGAAUCUACAUGUACGACGACAAUCAUUCGUUGUCGUCACCAGCAGCUGAGAUGGACAACCUCAUCAACGGCACGCAUUGGUUCAUGGAGCACCUCAACUUAUAGUGCGAACACACAAAUAUAAGUAAUGAAGUAAAAAAUAAACAAAACAACAAUAGAAAAUGUAAUAAUAAACGCAAGGCUGUAAAUUAAAAAAAAGAAUCAAUUAAAGUUAAAAUGACUAACGACUGAAAGUAAUAGUUUAUUGUUAAUGUAAUCUUAAUUUUAAACUGUCAAACACCAAGCGGUCACCGGUGACCGCAACCUAUUGUUCUAUAAGUGUGUCUAUAAUGACGGUACUCGACGAGUUAAAUAGAAACUCUUUACAACUAUUAUCAAAAAUCGAUCUUAAUCUAUAGAUUUCGGAUUACGGGCCCACAGAAGAUCAACUGACUCUCAUCAGAGUCAUCGUCAACAGCCUAUAAAUGCUAACUGCUGAGCAAAGCCUCUUCUCACACGGAGAAGGUUUGAGCAUUAAUCACCA